AUGCCUUUCAUCUACGAUCCAUAUCCAGACUACAACAGCCGCGCAUGGAGGAAGCAAUUCCACGGCAGUUUCAAGACGUGCCUGGGUCCGCGGGGUCGUGAUCUGAAUCGCAAAUCGAUGGAAGAUAUGAUGCAAGUCUACAAGGGCCAGCAGGCCGGGUUCCCAGAGCCUCGAUUCGGAUCCCACGAGGCUAUCGGCUUAGAUGGCGCUGUCUGUGCUGAUCGGUACUCGCGCUUCGGGGCAUAUGGGUUCGAUGGUGAUAGCGAGGACGAAGUACCCGGUUUUACACGCCCGCCGCAAGUGCCAUGGCACGAGGUCGAUUGGAACCGGCUGCAGUAUCUUUGUCUGGAGAAGAAUGCUGAUAGGUACGAGUCCAUCGCUACAGUCAACUCGAGCAAGCAUAACCCACUGGCUUUCGAUCUUCCGGAGGUUCCUCGCAAGCAGUGGGAGCCGCUGGAGGUAGGUGUGAAGCGGUUCCAUCCUCGCUCGGUGGUUCUGAUUCGAGCAUGGAACGGCCUCAAUUGGAAAUCACAUCAUCGCGAGUACCUGCGGGCGUUGAUCAUGGAGCUCUCACUGCAUUCCGGAGGCGAGUAUCAGAUCUAUGUCCUGAUUCACGUCAAGGACAACGAGAUGCCGAUCUUCUCGGACAGCAAGACCAUUCAACGCUUGAGAGAUUCGAUCCCAGAGGAAUUCCGUAAUAUGGCACUGUUCUUCAACAAUAAACUCUUGGAGGCGUGGUAUCCCAAGAUCGAAGAGCACACUCCCCAGCUGCAACACCACCAGCCACUGCAGAUCUUCUCCCAGCUGUAUCCGCACUUCGACUACUACUGGCAGCUUGAAAUGGACGGCCGACACACAGGCCACAGCUAUCACUUCAUGGACCGCGCGAUAUCAUUCGCAAGAGAACAACCGCGGAAAUACCUCUGGGAGCGGAACGCGUACUUCUACACGCCAGGCGCCCACGGCAACUGGAGUCAAUUCACACAAAUGGUACACGAAAGCCUAGCCGACCGCUCCGACGACACAAUCUGGGGACCAGUGAUCGGCACCGGUAUCCGGCCUCUAGGUCCCGACCCUCCAGUAUCGCAUCCAGACAAAGACAACUACACCUGGGGCGUAGGCGAAGAAGCCGACUUCCUAACCUUCCUCCCGAUCUUCAACCCAAAAGACACAUCCUGGACAUUCCCGGACAAGAUCUGGAACUUCAAGUAUGGCGAGAACACACCACGGCGCGCGGCAGUCAUCACAAUGGGUCGAUACUCCAAGCGUCUACUAGAUCUGAUCCACCAUGCCCAAGCCACGAAGGGAUUAGGUCUCGCGUCCGAAAUGACAGGUGCAUCGUGGGCGCUCUUCCAUAGCCUCAAGGCCGUUUUCGUCCCUCACCCCAUUUACGCGGAUGGUCAAUGGACGCCUCAGGAGCUGGCGCGCAUCUAUAACCCCGGCCCGCCGGAGAAUAUCAACGGAGGUCCGGAUAGUAUUUGGAAUUUCGACCAUAUCCUCGACCACAUCACGUACCGUCUUUCGUACAUGUUUACGACACACAGUGCGGAGAACCUGUAUCGACGGUGGUUGGGAUUCCGGACUGCGGAGCAUGAUGGUGGGAAAACGCUUUCCGAGGACCGUUUCGGUCGUCAUUGCUUCCCGUCUAUGUUCUUGCAUACUAUCAAGAAUACGGCGCAAGGGAUGGGGCCAGAUCGGGCGGUGCCUUAG